AUAUUGAAGGCGGCCAGUCAUGCGUAAGUUCACUUCCACACAUUCAUGUCUCAAGUCACUGACACGAUAGAACAGCUCAUCUAUCGCCACUACUAUGCGGCCUCGCCGUGCUGGGCCAGCUCGGCUCCGUGGUCACCGGCGCUCCCCUGGAGUUCAAGUACCAAAGGGUGAUCCAAAACACCUCUUCCGAAGGUCACCGGGGAGCCGUCGCCAGUGAGAGCGCCAUAUGCUCCGAGAUAGGCACCGACACUCUCCGCAAGGGUGGUUCCGCCGCCGACGCCAUGGUAGCCACCACCCUCUGCGUCGGCACCAUCGGCAUGUACCACUCUGGCAUCGGCGGCGGCGGCUUCAUGCUGGUGCGCGACCCGGACGGGAACUACGAGACGGUGGACUACCGCGAGACCGCGCCCGCAGCCGCCACCGAGGACAUGUACAACGACGACCCCAACGCCAGCGUGCUCGGCGCCCGCUCCGUCGCCAUCCCCAGCGAGCUGCGCGGCCUCGAGUACGUGCACAGCAAGUACGGCCGGCUGCCGUGGCACGACCUCGUCAUGCCCUCGGUCAAGAUCGCCCGGGACGGCUUCAAGGUGACGGAGGACUUGGUCAAUUACAUGGCCAAAGCCUCAGUAUCGGACGAUUUUUUGACCCGCGACCCCGUCUGGGCCGAGGACUUUGCUCCCAACGGCACCCUGCUCGGGCUGGGCGACACCAUCACGCGCAAACGGUUCGCCAAAACACUGUUGAAAAUCGCCCUCUUCGGCGCCGACGCCUUCUACACCGGCCCGAUCGCCGACUCCAUGAUCGCCCUCCUGCAACCUCUCGGCGGCAUCCUCACCCACUCAGACCUAGCCAACUACCGCGUAUCCAUCCAGCCGGCGCUUAACAUCACGUACCGGGACUCCUUCCGCAUCUUCUCCACCGACGCACCUUCUUCGGGAGCCGUAACCCUCUCCAUCCUCAAAACCAUGGAACAAUUUCCCUCCCCCUCCCUCGCGGCCGACACCUUCCUUACCAACCACCGCUUCGUCGAAGCCAUGAAAUUCGCCUACGGCGCCCGCCAAUCCCUCGGCGACCCAUCCUUCAUAACCAACAUCACCUCCUUUCAGGAAGCCAUGCUCUCCCCCCAAACCGCCAAAUUUAUUUCUUCCAAAAUCCUCCCCAACUCCACUUUACCCUUAUCAGAAUACGACCCAGCAAAGAACUACGCCGUCGAAGCCCACGGCACUUCACACAUCGUCACCGCCGACCGCUCUGGCCUGACCCUCUCCUCUACCACCACUAUCAACCUCCUCUUCGGUUCCCGUCUGAUGACGCCUGACACAGGCAUCAUCUUGAACGACGAGAUGGACGAUUUCUCCCAGCCCAACAAGAAUAACUCCUUCGGUUUCGUGCCCUCCCCCUCGAACUUCAUCCGCGCCGGAAAAAGGCCGCUGUCGAGUAUCUGUCCCCUAAUGGUCGAGCAUGUUAGCAACGGCAGCUUGUGGUUCGCCACGGGCGCGGCGGGCGGGAGCAGGAUUAUUUCGAGUACCACGCAGGUGGCGUUUAAUGUGCUUGAGGGACUUGCUGUGCAUCCUAACACUACUUCCCUUUUGGGGACAAAAGGGGUGGGUGGUGAGGGAAGCGUGAUGCGGGCGGCGGUGGCGGCGCCGCGGUUGCAUGAUCAGUUGAUGCCCGAUGUGUUGCUGGUUGAGCAAGGGUAUGGACAGGAUGUGUACGAGGAUUUGAAGGGACGGGGACAUAAUGUUACUUGGCAGGCGCCGGGGCUGAGUGCGGUGCAGGCGGUGAUGAGGUUUGGGAAUGGAACGUUUGUGGCGGCGAGUGAGACUAGGCAGGUUAAUAGUGGUGGGUUUGCUGUUUAGAUGGGAAUGAGAUGAUGAGGAUAAUGGGUUGUGGAAGGCUGGUAGGGGGUGAUAGGACCUGCUUACUGUUGGAUACCCAUAACGAACAGCGGAUAGACAUUAGAAACAGCAAUGAUUAUCAUGGUUCAAUGAUACAAUUAAUGAGAAG